AUGUAUCUAUCCAAAGGAGCUUUACAAAUUAUCACAGUUUCAGGGGAGAACAGUACUUUAGUAAUAGAGGAUCGUAUAAUUGGCGGCAUAAAAACAAAUAUCUUCAAGCAUCGAUAUCAAGUAGCAUUGAUUAAAACUGGUUAUUUUUAUUGUGGCGGAAGUUUACUGAGAUGGAAUUGGGUAAUAACAGCUUCUCAUUGCACUAAAGGAGCAAAGCCAAAGCAAUUUAAGGUUCGUGCCGGUUCAAGCUAUUGGCAUAAAGGUGGUGUUUUAGCCAGAGUAAAAAAAAUUAUGGUUAAUGCGAAAUUUACAAUGCGUACACUUACACAUGAUGUUUCUUUAAUGAAACUUAAAUCGUCUCUUAGUAAAUAUGCUAACAGAUAUCCAAUCAAACGAAUUGGUAUUGCACCUUAUUUGCCACGUGCUGGCGCAGUAGCAGUUAUUGCUGGUUGGGGUGACACUAGUAACAAAAGUAAUUCCCCUCCAAGUCAAUUACGGCAACUAAAGGUUAGAGUAAUUAAAAGAAAGUUAUGUAAACAAAGUUAUGGAGCAUAUUUAGACUCAUCAAUGUUUUGUGCUGGUGUAUGGUAUGAAAAUGGUAAGGACACAUGUUAUGGAGAUUCUGGUGGCGGUUUAAAAUAUAAUGGGCAAUUAAUUGGUGUAGUUUCUUAUGCUGGAAGUAUAUGCGAUGCUUCGCAAAUUACCGCUUAUUUUGGAAUUCAGAAAAUGUCAGAGGCAUAUUUCAGUACAUCUUAUGCCAUUGAUUUUCUUGCGCAAUAUCCGUAUUAUGAUCCUGUUUCACAAGAUAAUGAUAUAGUUAUGUUAAGAACAGCCACAGAUGUCACUUUUACUCCAACAAUACAACCAAUUCAAUUACAAAGAACAAUGCCAGGCGAUGGAUCAGAUGUUAAAGUUUCUGGCUAUGGAGACACCGCAUUUGAAGGAUCAUCGAGUGAUUUCCUAUUAAGUGCUGUUAUAAAAAUAAUGAAUUUCGAAACAUGUAACUGGAAUUACGGCGGCGGAUUGACAGAUAAUAUGAUUUGCGCUGGUGUAGCAAAUUAUAAAAUUGAUUCAUGUCAGGGAGAUUCUGGUGGUCCUCUAGUAUAUAAUGGAAAAUUACUUGGUGUUGUUUCAUUUGGAAAUGGAUGUGCUACCGAUGGUUAUGCUGGAGUUUAUACAAAAGUACCUAAUUAUAUAGAUUGGAUUGAACACUAUCUUAAAUAUUGA